CAAGCUACAUAUUGGAUAGCAUACCCACAAAGGCGCGUGCAAAGCGUUUUGUUUGAUAUUGAUAAAACCUAUUGAUACUUUUUGGAGAUAUUGAAGGUAGGAAAAAAUAAUGUCUGCAACAAUUCAGAGUUGCGUUGACAGUUCUGUCGAAGGGGAUGAUUACGGAGAUGCGUUUGGUUACGGAAGGAGCAACGCGCAGUCUUAUGGAAACCAAUUCCAAAAUAGUCCGACAAUGCGCUACGCCACCCAUUACAACAUGAAUCAUUCCAAGCGAGGUAUAGCUCUGAUUUUUAACCACGAAUCCUUCACCAUAAAUCACCUCAAGUCCAGAUCUGGCACUAACGUUGACUGUGAGACGUUGAGGAACUGUCUAGUCAAACUCGGAUUCGAGGUCAAAGAUUUUCAGAAUUUAAUCUUCAAGGAUAUUCAGAAAAACCUGGAAAAAGUUUCAGAAAUGGAUCACUCAGAUCAUGAUUGUUUAGUUGUGGCUGUACUGUCUCAUGGAGAGAUGGGUAUAUUAUACGCCCAUGACACUCCUUACAAGGCUGACACAAUUUGGUCAUACUUUACUGCAGACAAGUGUCCGACACUCUCUGGUAAACCUAAAAUGUUCUUUAUCCAGGCAUGCCAGGGGGAUAAAUUAGAUCCUGGUGUAAGCCUCAGAGAACGCACUGAAACAGAUGGACAUGGUUCCCAAAGUUUUCGCAUACCAACUUAUGCAGAUUUUUUAAUAGCUUACUCGACCAUUCCAGGUUUCUAUUCUUGGCGGAACACGACUCGAGGAUCCUGGUUUAUGCAAGCUCUGUGCUUGGAGCUUUGCGAAAACGGUUCACGAUGGGAUUUGCUAACACUCCUGACUUUCGUUUGUCAGCGUGUUGCAAUUGACUUUGAAUCUAAUACUCCUGACAACAUUACUAUGCAUCAGCAGAAACAAAUUCCAUGCAUCACUUCAAUGCUGACACGCCUAGUGAAGUUCACGUUGCCUAAGAACGGAGUUGCUGCUAAUUGAUGAAUGCGGUAGAGAUCAUUUUAAUUAAAUUUGCCAUUAUUGUUGACUGAGAGCAGUUUUUAUCAGCUAUGAAUAUUCUUUUCACUCUACUUGACAGAAGUUUUUCAUUCCAGGUAAUAAUCUGUAACAUCUUAUUCCAUUAGAUUAGGUUAAUCCAGUGACUGCACAUAUCUGCCAUUACUUGCUCACCUAUAUAUCCGUUACUUGAAGCAUCUUUUGACGAUGCCAUUUGAC